AUGACAACUGUCAAUGAUAAUACUUCUGAAUAUAUAACAAAUUCAUCAUCAUCAUCAGCUGGUCUAAAAUCAUUAAUUACUGUUAUUAUUUUGAUAUGUGUUUGUAUCUCUGGUUUUAUAUCUCGUUUAUUUUCGAUUAUUCGUUUUGAAUCCGUUAUACAUGAAUUUGAUCCAUGGUUUAAUUAUCGAUCAACUGUUUAUAUGACAGAUAAUGGUUUUUAUAAUUUUCUUAAUUGGUUUGAUGACCUUGCUUGGUAUCCGCUUGGACGUAUUGUUGGUGGCACUGUUUUUCCAGGUUUAAUGGUUACUAGUGGUACUAUUCAUUGGUUUUUUCAUAUGAUCAAUAUUCCAAUACAUAUUCGUGAAAUAUGUGUUUUUCUUGCGCCCGUUUUUAGUGGUUUAACAGCUCUUGCUACAUAUUUAUUAACAAAAGAAUUAUGGUCAAAACGUGCUGGAUUAUUUGCAGCUGCAUUUAUUGCUAUUGCACCUGGAUAUUCAUCACGUAGUGUAGCUGGAUCAUAUGAUAAUGAAGCUAUUGCUAUUUUUGCUCUUAUAUUUACUUAUUAUCUUUGGAUACGUUCGAUUAAAACUGGUAGUAUAUUUUGGUCGUCUUGUACAGCUUUAUCAUAUUUCUAUAUGGUAUCCGCAUGGGGUGGUUAUGUAUUUAUAAUAAAUUUAAUUCCAGUGCAUGUAGGGUUUCUACUUCUUCUUGGUCGAUAUUCACUUCGUCUUUAUGUGUCAUAUUCAAUAUUUUAUAUUCUUGGUUUAAUACUUUCUAUGCAAAUUCCAUUUGUUGGUUUUCAACCCGUUCGUACUAGUGAACAUAUGAUAGCAGCUGGCAUUUUUAUACUUUUACAAGCAUAUACAUUUUUUGAUUAUCUCUAUAACAAAUUAAGAUAUGUUAGAAAUAUAGAAACAAUAUUUUUUAAUUUAAGUAUUAUUAUUAGUAUUAUUGUAUUUGCAAUCGUUGUUUUAUUAACAUAUACUGGUUAUAUCGCACCGUGGUCAGGAAGAUUCUAUUCAUUAUGGGAUACGAGUUAUGCUGCAAAACAUAUACCUAUUAUUAUAAGUGUUAGUGAACAUCAACCAACAACAUGGACAUCGUUUUUUUUCGAUCUUCAUCUAUUAAUUUGUUUAUAUCCUGUUGGUGCAUGGUUUUGUGUUAAAGAUUUGAAUGAUGAACGUGUUUUUAUUCUUCUCUAUGCAGUUUUUGCAUCUUAUUUUGCUGGAGUUAUGAUUCGUUUAAUGUUAACACUAACACCAUGUGUUUGUAUACUUGCUGCAAUUGCUCUAUCAAAAACUCUUGAUUAUUAUGCUGAUGCUGAAUCAUCAGAAAUGGUUUCAAACUAUGAUGAUUCUGUUAGCAUUUGUGAUGAAGUAGAAAAUGAUGAAAAUAAUCAAUAUUUAGAUAAUAAUGCACAAAAUAUUGAUGAAACGGACGAUAACGACGACGAUCAAAAUUUUCUCACAUCAAAUAUCAAAAUAAUUGUUGUUACUUGUAUUGCUAUGAUGUUAUUACUUUUCAUUGUUCAUUGUACAUGGAUUACAGCAACUGCAUAUUCAUCUCCAUCAAUUGUUCUUGUAUCUUACAAUAGCGAUGGAACACGUGCUAUCGUUGAUGAUUAUCGUGAAGCUUAUUAUUGGUUAAGACAAAAUACUCCAGAAAAAGCUCGUAUUAUGUCUUGGUGGGAUUAUGGUUAUCAAAUUGCUGGUAUGAGUAAUCGAACUGUUUUAGUUGAUAAUAAUACAUGGAAUAACAGUCAUAUUGCGUUAGUUGGAAAAGCUAUGGCAAGCAAUGAAACCGAAGCUUAUAAAAUUAUGACAAUGCUUGAUGUCGAUUAUAUUUUAGUAAUAUUUGGUGGUGUGAUUGGAUUUAGUGGUGAUGAUAUUAAUAAAUUUUUGUGGAUGGUUAGAAUUGCAGAAGGUGAACAUCCAAAGGAUAUAAAGGAAAAUAAUUAUUUUAAUGACAAUAAAGAAUAUCGUGUUGAUAAAUCUGGUUCACCAAUAUUAUUUAACUGUUUAAUGUAUAAAUUAUGUUAUUAUCGUUUUGGUGAAUUAUAUACUGAUAGUGCACAACCAUCUGGUUUUGAUCGAACACGAUCUGUUGAAAUUGGACAUAAAAAUUUUGAUUUAGAACAUGUUGAAGAAGCUUAUACAAGUGCAAAUUGGAUUGUUCGUAUAUAUAGAGUUAAAAAACUUUCUAAUCGUUUUCAAGCAAAAGAUGCUCUUGAAAAAUUAACUUCUUCAUUAUCGGAAGAAUCUUUUGAGAAAAAUGAUGGAAAAGGUGUAAUUUUAAAUAAACCACAUGUAAAAAAAGGUACGAAAAAAUCGAUGCGUCGAACAUAA